AUGAGUUCUCUCUUUGUUAAGUGCAUGGUUUGCUAACAAAGACCAGCCACUAUAAAGUGCAAUUAAUGUUAAUUGGGCUAAACUUAUCGAUUGUGUUACAGUUGUGAUUCUUAAGUACACAAUAAAAACAAUCCAUCAGAAGAACAGCAUAAAACUGAGAUUAUCCCAUAUCAAGAAAUGUAUCAAAAGGCAGGAUCUGCCUCAGCUUUGAAAGAUUCUUCCUUGAAAUCUAAACCUGAAUAGUAAUAGCAAAAGCAAUAACCACAAGGUAUAGCAAAACCUUAAUCCUCGGCUUCAUCUAAGCAAUUCUCGAACAACUUUAAAUCAGUAAAGCCUGAUAUGCCAUAAAAAGAAGAAAUUUUGAAUAAUUAAAAACCUGUUAAAGAACCUGUUCAAUUGGUCUAAUAGCAAUCUUUACCCAAUAAGUUUACUAACAAUUACAUUUACCCUUAAUCUUAAACCAAACAAAAAGUAGAACCUAAAUAAGAAGAGAUCUAAAGGCAAAAUAAUUCUGCAUCUUAUAUGAGCAACUAAAACAAUAAACUCAAGGAGUAGAUUUAAGAAGAAUAAGAUUAAAAUAAUGAUUUAAGGAGAGAAAUACAGUAAACUAAAGACUAAAUUAAAAACAUUAAUAGUGAAAUCGAUAAGAAAAUAUAAUAAAAUUCAAGAGAUUUUGAAAAGAAAAUAAAUGACUUAAAGAAAGAAAGCACAGAAGAGAAAAAGAAAAUAACUAAUUUAACUGAUGAAGUUAAAAAAUUAACUGAAUAAGUUAAAAGCGUUGAUCAAUAAACUUAAAAAAAAUUAGAUAAUUAAAAAAAAUAAUAUGAAAAAUAGAUCAAAGAUAUGGAAUCAGUCAUCAACGAAAAGUAACAAUAAAUUGAAGAAAUUGCUGAAGAAUUUUAGAAUUACAAUCUAGAGGACAUUUAGGCUAAAAUGGAUGAAAUGGCUAAUGAAAUAGAUGAAAAAGACUAAAUUAUAGAAGAAUUGAAAAAUUAACUUGAAUAAGGAGGAGGAGAAGAAAAAAGGGAAGAUAAUGAUGAAUUAUUGCAAUAACUUGAAUAAAAGGAUGAGGAAAUUAAAAAGUUAGAGAACCUAAUAGAAAAUUUCAAAUAAUUAUAUUAAUAAAUGUAAGAUGAAAAGUAAGCAAUGAUGGAAGAGAAUGAGAAAUUACAAACUGAGAAUAAUCAAUUCAGAGAAUUGUUUAGUUAAAAUCUUCACCUGUUUGGUAUUGAUCCAAAUCAAUUGGAAGAGGAAGAUGGGGAAGGCGAAUAAGAAGGAGAAGGAGAACAAUAUGAGUAGGAUGAAGAAGAGAAUUGA